GAGCAUCACAUCGGAGAAUUCAUCUGAAGAAGAAGAAGAUGAAGAAACCGUCGAAGAAGAGCGAGACCGAGUUCUGCAAGGUGUGCCGAUUGCAUCACGACCAAGGCUCGCGCCACAAGUACUUCCCUCGCCACAAAGACUUCCUCUCUACCUUCCUCGAUCGAUUCCGUUCGAAGAUAGCUGACGUCAGAUUCUUCCUGAAGAACCCUAGCGUUCUACGACCAGAAGAGCAGUCUCAAAACCGUGUUUGGUGUGUCUUUUGCGAUGAGGACAUUGUUGAGCUCGGUAGCUCCUUCGCCUGUUCUAAGGCAAUCAAUCACUUCGCAAGCUCGGAUCAUCUUAAGAAUGUCAAGCAGUUUCUUUGGAAAAAUGGCCCGGCAAUGGAUUGCAUAGACGAUUUCCGAAUUUCAGAAGCUGAUGUAGCUAAGUGGAGAAGAAAAUGCCAGUCAUUGGGAAAUGAAGAUGCAUCCUCUUUUAAAGGGUCAUGUGGACAGUCUGGGACAUCUAAUGAUAUCCACAAUAAACUUGCCUUUAAAACUAUGGAUAAAAUUGAAAAUGUUCCUGCACCCCAUAUAAAUUCACAUCAUUCCAAUGAUGUUAUGCCUUUACAGUAUAAUACGAAUAAGUUUCAGAUAUCACAUUCAGAGCUUUCUGGAGUUGCACAUCAUGCUUCAUAUCUGAACAUGGAUGCUUCGCACCUCCCUUUAUGUACUGAUCCGCUGAGUCAUCUACCAGGGAACGGGUUUGGCAAAGAUUCCAUUGCUUCUAGAACCAAGGAUUUCCCGAGCAAUGGUAAUUAUUGCAAUCAAGAGGAUAAAAAACAAAUUAAGGGCAGUUACAGUUCUCCUGAUGGGUUGGUAGUGACAAGCAUUUCUUCCUCACAUUCAAGCGAUGCUUGCGGGAAUGUUCACUCUGGAGCUCCUCCACCAUGGCUUGAUGCAAAUGAUGGGAAAUCUUCUAAUGUUCAACUAAACCAAUCAGACAUGAGCAGCUUUCAGGCAAAGAUACCUGGAAAGACUCGUAAGCUGAAUCCUAACAGGGUUGGCGCUGAAUGGGCUGAAAGGAGAAAAAUCGAGAUAGAAAUGGAGAAGAGGGGACAUGGAAUAAAUAAUAAGAUUGAUGCAGAUUGGCUUCCUAACUUUGGUCGAGUUUGGCAAUCAGGCACUCGAAAAGAGUCCAGAAAAGAAUUUGAAAAGGAAAAACGGAAGUUAGUAAAACCUGAAAGCAUCUCUAUAGAAUCAGAACCAGUCAAAGUACAACCGUACAUUAGCAAACGGGCGCGAAGAGAGAGUGUUGAAAAUGGAUGUGGCUGACAUCCAAAAAGGCAACCAGUACGAAUUACUCAUGUAGAAAUUUUAUAAUCCUCUUUUCGUGGAGAUCCUGCUCCAGUGUAUUUUGUUUCUUAUGUCGAGCUAUGAAAGAAUUUUAGAGGUAUGUAAUCCUAGAUACUCCUUUGAAGUAGUGUAAAAAUUGGAUGAAAUAUUUUAUUUUUUGGUAGGAAGAAAGGGUUAAAGUUUUAUGUAGCUUAUGUAGUAAUGGAAUAUAGCAUAGAGAAGGCCUCUCUGCGACCAUCUGAUCUUCCUUUGGGUUCUUCUUCUUAAGAAACAUAUAUAUCUUUCCAUCUGAUGUUUCUUGUUCUUGGGGAAAUAAAUGAAAUAACUGUGUGGUGCAUAGAUUGUGGCCAUUUCAGCAAA